CUCACCGACGAUUCCCGGCGGUCAUUCCAACUCCGCCGGUCUCCGCUUCUCGCUUCCCAACCCCUGAUUUUGCUCCUGCUUCUUUUUGUGUUUUCUCCCUUGAUUUCCUUCAGGAGAUCAUAAUUGAUGCUUUCAUUUCUUCGAAGAUCGUAUUUGAAUUUCUCCUUUAUGAAUCCACAGUACUGCUGCUUGUCGAGAAACUUCUCCGCCGCAUUACCCCCUUUGCUCCCCGUCCAGCUCCCUUCUCGAAUGGAAACGCACUUGUGGUAUGUAGUUCCUGAUGAAGUGAAGAGUGCGCCUCUUCUGAGCAAAUACAUGGAGCUUUUGCCCCAGUCCGAGAGAGAUCAUGUUCUCGGCUUCCGCGGAGAUCAGCUUCAGAAGAGCGCUUUGCUUGCUCGCACUUUGGUUCGCACAACCAUUGCAAGAUAUCAGGUAGAUGGUCAUCUUGAUCCGAGGUCGUUGAGGUUCAAGAGGAAUAUCCAUGGGAAACCUGAGGUGGAGUGGGAAACUAAGGAUGGUUUCUGCCCGCCGCCAUUGCAGUUCAACAUCUCACACACUUCUUCUUUAGUAGCUUGUGGAGUGACUAUAAAUUCAUUGAUUGGCAUCGAUGUUGAAGAGAAGCGACGGAGGACCAAGAAUAACAUCUUAGCUUUUGCAAAGCGGUAUUUCACUGCUCAUGAGGUUGAACACUUGAAUGCCAUUCCAGAUUCUGAACUCCAGCAACAGGAGUUCAUCAAAUUAUGGACCCUUAAGGAGGCAUAUGUCAAAGCCUUGGGAAAAGGAUUCUCUUCUUCACCCUUCAACACAUUCACUAUCCGGGUGAAUACAGCUGCCCAAGAAAGUUUUUGACUAGUUAAAGCAAGAAAAGAGUUGAAAUUGUGCUUACAAAGUACAUAUCUUGUUAAAGCUGUUUGACUAAUGAUUCUUCUUGUAUAUGCCAUUGAAUCAGGCCUCUUCUGGAAUAGCUGUGGAAACUUUGGAUAGCCCUCAGAAUCUCACAAACAACUGGCAGUUCGCAUUGUUGGAGCUGAUGGGCUCUCAUUAUGUUGCUAUUUGCUUAGAAAGACAAGAAACUGGUGGAGCUGGAAAAACUCUUCCGAUUAAAUUAACUGCGAGGAAAACCAUACCAUUCGUCGAAGACGAGCUUGUUUCUGGAACUAAUGCAGUUGUAACCAUUGGAGGUUCUGUAACACAGUUCUGAUCUAUAUGAUAUCAUAAAUGAAAUAUUACUGCAUCUGGAAUGUUGUUAUUUCACCAAUAGUCUUUGCAAGAACAAACUCCGUUUCUGAAGUGAUGAAAUCUAGUUGGAUCUCUCACUACGAAUUCACGACGUGGCAAAAUCUUGCUAACCAACUUCAUGAACAAGUGACAAUCUCCACAUAUCCUCAGGUUCUUCAUCACAACAAUCUCUGCUCCUUCCUUCGUGUUCAAGACUCCAAAUGCAACAGCCAGUUUCUCACUGUGCACCCCCAUCCCACUCAACCCUCGCAGCUGCUCGUCGGCUCUAUUCUGGUCAAGUUCCUUCAGUUUGCAUUCCAGCUCAUCCAAAAACUCGUAUAUUUGCUUCGAUUGAGGAUGACUUCUAUCCCCUGAAACAAAGAGGUGAACUCUGCCUUUGAAUUCAACAUAACUGCAGCCUGGGUCCUUUUUUAGCUUUCGUUCUCUCAUCAUCACUCGAAUCCUCAGUAUCCCCUCCGAAUCCCCAGCAUCAGUGUAUAUGUUCGAUAACAGAACAUAGUAGCCAAUAUUUGUUGGUUCAAGCUCUACAACACGUUCAAAAGCCAACUCGGCCAGUUCCACAUUUCUGUGAAUUUUGCAGGCGCCUAAAAGUGCUCCCCAGACUGCACCAUCAGGUUUAGCUUUCAUGGUCCUGAUGAGCCCGUGAGCUUCAUCUAGUCGUCCAGCUCGGCCUAGAAGAUCCACGACGCAGGAAUAAUGCUCUGCACCUGGACUCAGGUGAAACUUCUGCUCCAUGGUAUCAAGAUAAUGCAACCCUUUAUCUGUUAGACCGGCAUGGCUACAGGCAGACAAAACGCUCACAAAAGCUGCUCGAUCGGGUAUUGUGCCGGCCCUAAUCAUAUCAUCGAAGAGGUCAACUGCAACCUCUCCUUGUCCGUGCAUCCCAUAACCUCCUAUGAUUGCUGUCCAAGAGACUACAGUUUUGACCGGCAUUCUGUCAAAGAUUUGCCUGGCUUUCACCAAGUUGCCACACCUGGAGUACAUGUUGAUCAAAGCAUUGUUCAGAAACGGAUUAGCUAGAAAUCCACAAGCGUGAAUUCGCCUUUCCACCUCUUUACCAACCUCUUGUGCACCAAGAUUAGCACAAGAUGAGAGAACACCGACGAGUGUUACAGGGUCAGGUUGAAUCCCGCUUGCUUCCAUCUCUCUGUAGAGCUCCAACACAUCGUUAGCAAGUCCAUUUUGUGCAUGACCGUUGAUCAUCGCGUUCCAGGUGAUCAACCCUUUCCCCGGCAAUUCAUCGAACAGUUUCCUGGCCGUCUUGAUUUCUCCACAUCUCAAAUACAUUGAAAGCAAGGAAUUCCCAACUGAGAAGUCGAGAUUUAGUCCGAACUUCAGACAGCAACCGUGCACGCACAUGCCAAGUCCGAAAUUCCCCGCCACUCCACAAACCGGAACCAAGCCGAGCAAGGUCACCCCAUUGAUCUCCACACCAAAUUCCCUCAUUUCGCAGAACAGCGACACGGUAUCCUUCGUUCUGAGAUUCAGGGCGUACCCAGCAAUCAAAGCAUUGUAGCAAACCGUGAGCUUCCUUGACAGGGGAUUUUCAUCAAACACCUGGCGCGCAACGUCAACAAAAUUGCACUUGCAGUACAUUGAUAUCAGAGAGGUCUGAACAAAGGGUUCUAACAAACAACCCGUUCUGAUCGCUUGGCAAUGGAGCUGUUCUCCGGUGAUGGGGAGAGAAAGCACGGCGGAUGACUUGAGCGCGAACGGGAAAGUGAAUGCGUUCGGGGAUGCACCGGAGCGAAGCAUUUGGAGGUAGACAGACAGGGCUUCUGAGAAGAGCGACUUGUUUGCUAGCUCCCUUAAUCGACUGUUCCAUGGUUGAACCCCGCCUCUGGUGGCGGCCGUCGAAUUGAGAACGGGAAUUCUCGCCGUGACGGUCUGGAGUUGGUGAUGAAGCUUGGUCCUGAUGGCGCUCAUUGCGCGUCCACCAGCGGGAAAACGGACGCAUAAGACGCCGUUUCGCUCCCCUUUCUUUGG